GCGGUUCAAGCGAACAGAGUCGAGGAUCGAGAACCAACCGGCGACUCAGGAAGGCAGUGCACGCCCGACUGCCGACACGAGCGGAUGGCGUACGUUGCCGCUCGCGCCACGAUUACCUCGUGAUUUUCCUUUCUGUCAGAGAUACCGUCGGUCACCGUUGUCGAUCUCUUGUGACGAAUCACACAGUACUCUAAACUAAACCAUCUAUUGCGAUUGCACACAGUCGGAGUCUUCAAGUUCGUUUGUGACUUUGUGUGCCGCGCUUCGAUCGCGGAAUAAGAAAAAAAAAACAAACGAACGAGCGAGAGACAACAAAAAGGAAAUAAAGAAACGGAGAAGGCGAAAGGUAGAUUUUCCCCUUUGAUCUUUGUCUCUGGUCGUCGAUUUUCAUCGUGGUCGUUUCGUGUUUUGUCAUCGACGAACGUCGCGUACGUACACGUUUUAACACCACGUGUGUGCGCACGCACGCACGCACCAACUCCAACGACGCACGUAUUUACUAUAUUAUCAGGCCCGCGCGACUGGCGUACGGGGCGCCCUCCAAAAGUCGUGUGUGCGCGUGCAACCCUACCGGAGCCCGCUGACGUUGGUUACCAUAGUAGCGCGCGUGCCGAUCAGCUGAUCGUUGGGAUCCGAGCGUGUUCGACCGUCGGCAGUCGGCCAGCAGCGGCUCCGUCCACUCGUUUUAUGCGUUCGUGCAACUCGCUUGCCUUUCGCGCCGUGAUUUAGUGAUCAACCAACUAUUUCGUCAACAUCCCAUCUCCCAUUGUGGCAACGCAUAGUUCCAGGAAAAUUCUCGAUACAACUAGACAAACUUGAAUAGAUCGUACAUAACGGUCGGACCAUCCUCUUAUUCGCUGUUUUUGCGGUUAAAAGGAUGCAUUGUUACAUUGUAUCCGUAUUGUCAAUCUAAUUAGCCAAGUAAACGACCAGACGUUGGAUCAAAUAUGAUUUGAAGUAGCCAAAGCCGAACUAAGUACGUUGUUCGAGUAAUUCAUUUGUGUGCUUGUGACAAGGAAAACCAAAGCAUUUCGAGAUACACCAUUGCAUACGACUAUCGAGACCUUGCCAUGAUUCACGUCACGCAUUUUAAAUUCAACCGUCCAGAAGCGAAAUUCAACGGAGAUAUGUCCAGCGACAGUGGAUUCGAGCAUUAGAUAUCAUGGUUUGUUUAAUUAAGCGUUGUAAAGUAUCCCGAUUGAAACAUCGAACCAUUUUUGCUGUCGAACGUUUUCAAAUUACAUUCGAACAAAAGUUUAUAGAACGUAAGAAACAAGCUUGGUGAUGGUCGUUGCGUAUUUCUAACCGCGCCCGAUAAUCGAAACUAUGUUCGAUACAUAAUACUAAUAAACACACGUCGUCUCUCGAAGCAGUAAUUUACCGUGCGUUAUGUUUUCAAUAGCGUUGUCAGGUGACCUUAUGUACGUGACUAACCGUGCGACCAUCAAUGACACGCUACAAAAUCAACAAAACAAACUUAAACUGAAAAACGAUCACUCAUUCAAGUAGAUAUAUCGGGGAAUUACGAAGAACGCCCUUGCCACUUCUCGUAAUCGAUUAAUUUGCAAAUGAAACAAAAUUCAAUUACUUGAAUUAAAUCGAUGUAUCACAGUAUUCGCAAAAAUGAAACAUAAUCAUUUCGAAUCGAUCGAUCAGAAGAUGGUGUUGUAGUGCAGUUUGGAAAAAAACAUCGAUAUAUCGAUAUUGUUUGGUGUCAGGUGUCGCUAGACUGCAGUGAACGAUGGCCACACAGUCUUCGUACGUACGAAAUGAAGAACAAAACGCGUCGGAAUUGGAAGUAACGGUUGUGGUGAAUGAUAAUUUUCAUUAAAACAACAUUCAGGCUCGCUUGGUAAUGGGAUAUCGCAGAAUGUGAAAGCUUUUUUUUGUACGGACACAAAUUUUUGACAAUCGUUUGUACCUGUGACGAAUCACUUGACUGCAUGAACCAGACUCCGUGUGAAUAUGUGAAGUGACUGAAUUCUUUUUUUAACGAACUUUCGUCAAAAGUGAUUUUUCGUUUUAUUUCGUGCUGUGCCUGCAACUGCAUCUUUAUACGCCAAUUGCAACAAUGACAAUUCGAAGUAAUUUCUCGUUCAUGCGGAAACUCUGUGAUAGCCAAUGUCAGCAACGCCAUUACUCGGAUUAAGUCAAGUGUGAGAAGAUCGGUUCCUGAUAUUAUCUUGAUAGAAAGCUUGGUGACGUACGCCGAACGGGCCAGUAUUCAUGCCAGUAUGCCAAUCAGAUGCCAGUAGAGAGCCAGUAUCUGUAUCUGUCGCCACCGAUAGCCAAUUAAUAAGUUACUUAGAUAGUUAAAUUAAUAGACGAUACAUCACACGCUGUUUUAUAUAAUCGUUGUUAGAAGACGUCGCUUAAUAGGCGUAACAAAUAUACACGUAUUUAUAUUAUAUAUACAUACACACACGUACAUAUACGCAUAUAUAAAUAUAAUAUAAUCGAAGAAGCAAUAAGUGUCGAAUCGCGGGCUAUUAUUUUCACAUCGUACUCUUUUUUUCUACCACUACGAUUUUCUCCGCUCGUUCAUUGGUUUGCUUUUUUAAAUUAUCGGUGACCGCGUGUUCUCUUUACGAGAGUAUAUUCGUAAGAUUGGACAGAGUGCAAUCGAGUUGUGAUUAUCGAAGUGGACUGACCGAUCGAUUUCUCGGCUGUGAAGUGAAUUAAUACCCCAGGAAAACGAUUGAAACGGAGAAAGGAAGCGAACAGCGUACACAGGCGAGCACGGUGGCUGGAAACGGUGACUUACAUCGAGAGCGCCAACCUGCAAUCAAGGUUCAUGGUUUUCAUGGAUGAGAGCGAGCUCUCGAGCAAGCGGUGGGCCAGUGCGCCCCGCCGCCCGGACAGCCCCUGCGUCCUGGGGGCACCAACGUCUAGGGAGGCGGCGGGACCACCGGUGCAACUGGAACCAGUGGAUCUGUCCGUGAAAACUCCUGUGGUGUUGCAGGUGCCUCGGUAUAGUCCAGCGGCUAUAAUUACCGCCGCGGCUAGAAGAAUCCCUUCACCUUCGACGACGCCUACACCGCCACCGCUCUCCAUAUCUACGGUGUCGCCGCCUUUGCCGCCUCUGGGAGAAACAGCGUGGGAGAGAAACCGGGAACGAGAGCGCGAGAGGGUGCGAGAGAGGAGCACAGAGAACGAGCACAGGGAACGGCAGCAAGAAAGAGAAUCAGGGAUCAGAGAGAGGGAGCCGCGGGAUCGAGAAAAGGAACGGGAUCGCGAUAGGGAGAGGCAAAGGGACAGGGAAAGGGACAGAGAGCGGGACGUGUCGGUCCGCAUGAUGGAACCGCUCGAUCCUGUCUUCGUUUCCCCCUCGGCGGCCCUACUCGCGUUACAGAGGAUAAAGGAAACGUCCCUGGUGUUUCACAAGCGUCCCGCGCUCGCGAGUGGGUUAGGAAUCGGCGGCAGAGUAAACGCCGGUGUUGGAGGAAACGGCGGUAGUUUAGCGGUGGACAACGAAUGCGGCGACGCGUUGAAGAGACGCAAAGUUCACCGAUGCGACGUGGCGGGCUGCGACAAAGUGUACACGAAGAGUUCUCACCUGAAAGCUCACAAGAGAACUCACACCGGCGAAAAACCGUACCAGUGCACAUGGGAGGGUUGCACGUGGAAAUUCGCUCGUUCUGACGAAUUAACACGGCAUUACCGCAAGCAUACGGGCCAGAAGCCGUUCAAGUGCCAUCUUUGUCAGCGAUCGUUUUCGCGGAGCGAUCAUUUAUCGCUUCACAUGAAAAGGCACUGA